AUGUUUCGACAGUUAUGUACUCCAGUUUUACUUCUAACAUGGCUAGUCGGCAUUUUUAAUCCAUCACUUGCCAAUUAUUUGGUUGCACCAGUACUUUGUACCGAUGCAUCAAUCAAUUUGCGUUAUAGCCGGCCGUUACCUGCGGCGUCCACGUACAACACCGUUACAGCAUCUGGAAGUGAUAGUGGAGUUUGGUAUUCAUGUCAAAUUGGAUCGCUCCUUAUCUCUAUUAGCUAUUACGUGUCAUUCACUGUAACAAACGCCAAUUGUGAAAAAGCAACGUUCAGUAAUUUUAUUUUCACAGGUUUCUUUAAUUGUAGUACACUCGCUCAAGAACCAGCAAGUUCCAAGAACUUAACCGUCCUACUGAGUGAUCCAGACAAUACCCGUUAUCUGGACGAAACUCAACCGUUUCUUGGACCUGUCGUAGUUCCAGCGGGUGCAACAGUGCCUGGUGUGUUCACCGUCCCAACUUUGACAAAUGUUUUAGUGCCUGGAGCGGGUUCAUUGUACGUGAACAAUUUUACAUUGAUCUUUCCCCAAGAAAAUCAUCAACCAUGUACUUGUGGACAAGUUACAAGCGAACGAGUAGGAAUUAUUCCACAGCUGUAUUUGAUCAAUUCAACCAAUAACCCCUAUGCACCAAUUAUUUUUUCCAUUCUUGCCAAAUGCAAAUAA